AAGAGAGAGUCUCGCCAUUCUAGGCGCUGCUGCGUCUGCAGGCCUGUCUGUUCCGGUCCCACCGUAGCGGAGGGGGCGUUACCGGUCGGAUGCUGGAGGCUUGAGCUUGCAGCAACAUGGCUCGCCUCGCUACGGUUGGUCGCGGUGAGGGAGAGUACAGCGCAGCCAGAGUGUUAGAAAGGUGACGGAGUAGACAGGGUCUCACUCUGUUGCCUGGGCUGGAGUGCAGUGGUGUGAUCUCGGCUCACUGCAACCUCUUUCAAUGCUUUGGUGCCUGUCUAACAGGAAGUUCUGCCUCUUGUCUGAUCUCAGCCUGACAUGCUGCACUUUUUUGGAUGGGGUCUUACUAUGUUGCCGAGACUGGUCUCAAACUCCUGGGCUCAAACAGUCCUCCUGCCUCGGCCUCCCAGAGUGCUGGGAUUGCAGCAGGUUCCUGCUCCAGCGCGGCUCCUGGACUGGCCCCAGGUGCUGGCCCCGGGGGUUUCAAUCCAAGCAUAAUUCAGUGAAGCAUGUGUUUGGCAGCGGGACCCAGCUCACCGUUUUAGGUCAGCCCAAGGCCACCCCCUCGGUCACUCUGUUCCCGCCGUCCUCUGAGGAGCUCCAAGCCAACAAGGCUACACUGGUGUGUCUCAUGAAUGACUUCUAUCCGGGAAUCUUGACGGUGACCUGGAAGGCAGAUGGUACCCCCAUCACCCAGGGCGUGGAGAUGACCACGCCCUCCAAACAGAGCAACAACAAGUACGCGGCCAGCAGCUACCUGAGCCUGACGCCCGAGCAGUGGAGGUCCCGCAGAAGCUACAGCUGCCAGGUCACACAUGAAGGGAGCACCGCAGAGAAGACAGUGGCCCCUGCAGAACGUUCAUAGGUUCCCAGUCCCCACCCCACCCAAAGGGGCCUGGAGCUGUAGGAUCCCAGGGGAGGGGUCUCUCUCUGCAUCCCAAGCCAUCCAGCCCUUCUCCCUGUACCCAGUAAACCCUGAAUAAUUAUCCUUUGUCAACCAGAAAUCCUUCUCCCUCUCUUCAUUUCUUAUCUCUCGUAUAAUGUGAUGCUUCUCCUGGGUUCUCGGUGUGGCACUGGGGGAAUCCUGGCACCAGUGGGAAAGCAGCCUGGAGGAGAGGAUCACAGUCUCCCAGGGGUGUCCCCUCGGGAAAUAGGCCAGGAUAGGAGGAGUCGGCUCACUGAACACCAGUCCCUCCAUUCUCUCCCUCCCCCCCUUCCUCCUUGCAGCUCAACCCCCAACUCGCUGCCUGCUUUCUGGAGGGAGCUAUUUCUGGCUGAUCCUCCAGAUACGCCCUCUGUCCCUAUCCUGGUCUGGACCCUCUACCCACCCGCGGCCUGUCUUUCCUCAGCCUGGAAAUCCUACUCUGGGCGUGGAGUCCCUCUGCUUCUGGCCCUGGCCCCUGGAAUGCCCUCCUUCGUCUCUGCCCAGCUCCCCACCCCUGAGAGCUGGACUGUCCAGGACACUCCAACACCAUCAAAUUCAUGAGCUCUUACAUUUUGGGCCCACCUUGAUUUUUCACCUGACAGCAGGUUGAGAGGUGUGAGAAAAAUAGGAGGAAGCCAGGAAGGAAACACACGUGAAAGGCCUGCAAGAGGAUCAGGACACUUGCAAAAGAUAGGCUCUGAGCUCCCCAGGAACCAGUGCAAGAAGGGUAAUAGGUGCUCCAUCAUUUCUUUCUU